UCUUCGCUCCAAAAUAUUAUAUUAUUUCUUUUCCCCCUUAUAAAUUUUGGGCAAGAAAGGGAGAAAGGAAAUAGGAAGGAAAGAGGAGAGGAGAGUUUCCUACGAAAAUCAAGGGCUUUUUGCAGAUUGUGAGCGGAUGGCUAUGGCAAUUGCUUCGGACGAAACCACCCGCAUAUGCGAUCACUGUGACAGGGCCAUACCUUCUUCAAAUAUAGAUUUGCAUUAUGCUCAUUGUUCUCGUAAUCUUGAAAAAUGUAAAGUUUGUGGUGAUAUGGUUCCAAAAAAGCAUGCUGAGGAGCAUUUCUUAAACACCCAUGCUCGGCAGGUUACUUGUUCACUGUGUAGUGAGACAAUGGAACGUGAAAUUCUAGCUAUCCAUAAAGGUGAAAAUUGCCCCCAGAGAAUUGUUACUUGUGAGUUUUGUGAGUUUCCUUUGCCUGCUAUUGAUCUGGCCGAGCAUCAGGAAGUAUGUGGGAACCGGACAGAGCUCUGUUAUCUGUGUAACAGAUACAUUAGACUGAGAGAAAGAUAUAACCAUGAAAGUCGGUGUAACGGUAUUUCAGAAGACAAUGUGGGAUCUUCCAGGGAUGUGAGGCCAGCUGAAAGGGACCAAGGUGCUCAGAGAAGGCAGCCACCUGAAUAUUCACGGAGACGACUUUUAUUCACAAUUGCAAUAGCCGGGAUUGCUGUUUUAUUAGGGUCACUUGUUUUCCAGAAGACAAUGGAGACCGGUCCGAUAAUUUAGCCGUGUUGACAAUGCGCACUGACUUGUGUAAAUCAAUUUGAGAGCUUACGUAUUCCACUACUGUAUCUCAAAUUUAUCCUAGAGCGUAUACUAUUUGAUGUACUAAAACUGGAUCCAGAUUCUGAUAAUUUGUGGUAAUUUCCUUCGCCAUAUUUGCUUCUAGACUUUUGAAUUUAUGUACAUGAAAAUGAAAAUGUUGUACUUUUUUGUAAUUCCUAAUAUUAAUCACUAUAGUAACAGAAAAAUAUUUUGAAAA